AUAUAAACAAAUGUUUGUGUGUCUGUGCAAUUAGUAUAAAUCCGUACUGAAUAUUUUUACCCAUAAUCAAAGUGAAAACGGUGCGAGAUGGUCGUGGAGAGCAAGAGGAAGGCAGAGGAAUCGGCCCUGGUGCCGGUCCAGAAGAAAUCCCGCACAGAAAUCGCCGUUUCCAGCAAUAAAAAUAAACAAUUGCAAACCCAAAUUACGCGAACAUCCAAUUUGUUCGCCCCAAUCAUGCUGCUCGAGGGACACGAGGGUGAUAUAUUCACGAUGGACUUUCAUCCCGAGGGACAGUACUUGGCUUCCUCAGGUUUUGACCGCAGAAUUUUUAUGUGGUCGGUGUAUGGAGAAUGUGAGAAUGUGUCGAUGAUGAGUGGACAUACAGGUGCAGUCCUUCAGUUGAAAUUCUCGACUGACGGGGCUAAUAUUUACACGGCGAGUACGGACAGCACUUUGGGGCUUUGGGAUAUAUGCACAGGGCAGAGGAUGAAAAAGUACAAAGGGCACACGACAUUUGUGAACUGCCUCAAUGUGGCGAGGAGAGGACCGCAGACGAUCGUUUCGGGAAGCGAUGAUGCCACAGUGAAGUUGUGGGAUACGAGGAAGAAAAAUUUCAUUUCAUCCAUUGAUAAUUCAUAUCAGGUGACUUCAGUUGCUUUCAAUGAUACAGCGGAGCAGGUGUUUAGCGGUGGUAUUGACAAUGAUAUCAAAGUGUGGGAUGUGAGGAAGAACGAGCUUCUAUACACAAUGAGAGGUCACACGGAUACAAUCACGGGUUUAACGUUGAGCCCCGACGGUUCGUAUCUCCUCUCGAAUGGGAUGGACAACAGUUUAAGGAUUUGGGAUGUGCGACCCUACGCACCGCAGGAGCGCUGCGUGAAAGUGUUCGCAGGUCAUCAGCAUAACUUCGAGAAGAAUCUGCUACGAUGCAGUUGGUCGUCCGAUGGAACGAAAGUGAGUGCAGGCUCUGCAGAUAGAUUCGUUUACGUUUGGGACACGACGUCCAGGAGGAUCCUGUACAAACUACCCGGUCAUAACGGAAGCGUUAAUGACGUAGUAUUCCAUCCCAACGAACCGAUCAUCGCGUCCGGAUCUAGCGAUAAGCAAGUCUUCUUGGGAGAAAUUGACCCAUAGUCAGAGUUACGUGAAUCAACUAAAUACAUUUUCUUUUUUU